AGUUAAAUGCUAUAUUAAAAGAUUGCACAUCAAGACUUUAAAGGGAGGUGGCGGUUAUUGUGGUGACUAUAUCUUUUGUCUUGUCUAAUGAGAAUUUAGACUCUCUUUUUUUCGUCGCCACGCUGUCUGGGGAGAACAGACCCGAAGCGAGAAAGUCGUAAACCUUCCUGUGAGUUUACAGCAAUGAAACACGUCAGGGUAAGAAUUAAUGCUUUUUUUCUUCUCUCUCCUCCAGUUUAUCUUCUUCCCUGUUCAUUGUAGCGGCAUGGUCGUUAUUCCGACAGUGGAGAAAGUGAACCCCACAGGGCGGGUUUGCUUACCCCCCACUUUCUCUUUUUCCUCCCCUCUUGCGCCUCCCUUCUUCUCUCCUCUGGAGUUUGAGUGGCCACCAGCCAGCUUUUGAUUUAAGAAAGCGUUUGUCUUUCCCGGGAUGUGAAAAAGUGGGACGUGGCUCAUGUACAACUAGUUGGUUUGGGGCGGGUUAUUUUUGGGCAAGUCUGUGCGCGGAGACACCUCAAACGGAGAGAGGGAGCGCACGAGAGCGCACGGCGCACAGAGCAGACGCAGCCUGGAGAAGGAGAGGAGCGCACAUAUUUCAGUUGCUCUCAGCUGUUUCUCGCUCACACUAGAUUUGCGCAACGUUUUCGAAUCAAAAGGGCGAAGGAUAGAAACAAAAUCGGAUGCUUUUGUGGACAAAUAGUGCUACUUGAACGGUCCUGUAUUUAACAAUCAUUUUUUUCCAACAUUGUUUUCCCUCAUCGCUCCGCAGAGAAAGCAAUGCAGCUGCUGACUGGGAGAGGAGAGCAUUUUCUAAGUUAAAACUGGGAUUUUCGUUUUUGGACCACUCUUCUUUUUUUGGGCUUCCACAGAAAUGCGACCAGGAAAAAUGAGCGGACUCUUCUUUGCGACAAGAAUGUGGAAACUUCUGGUGAUUUGGACACUGGCAGCACAGCUCGUCACCGGUAAGACACUGAAAUAUCAGGUUUUUGAGGAGCAGAAGGUCGGCACAGUGAUCGCCCGUUUGAGAGAUGAUGUCGCGGAUAUUCUGGCCAAACUUCCCAGCUCGGUGUCGCUCCGUUUCAGAGCGAUGCAAAGAGGGAGCUCGUCUUUCCUCGUGGUGCGCGAGCAGGACGGAGAAAUCAGCAUCAGGACCAAAAUCGACCGCGAGAAACUCUGCGAGAAGAAUCUCAACUGCUCUAUUCAAUUCGACGUGCUGACACUCCCCACUGAGCACCUGCAACUGUUUCAUGUCGAGGUGGAAGUGUUGGACAUCAACGAUAACGCACCCCAGUUCGCCCGCGCAGUAAUCCCCAUUGAGAUCUCCGAGAGCGCGGCCGUGGGAGCGCGCAUUCCCCUGGACAGCGCUACGGAUCCCGACGUCGGGGAGAACUCGCUCUACACGUACGCCUUAGAGCCCAACAACUUCUUUAAGGUCGACGUCCAGUCCAGGACUGACGGAGCCAAAUACGCAGAGCUGGUGGUGCUCAGGGAGUUGGACCGCGAGGUACGCUCCAGUUACGAACUUCAGUACACGGCCUCUGACAGGGGCGUUCCCCCGAGAACCGGCUCGACCCUCCUCAAAAUCAGUGUUGCUGACUCAAACGACAACAGCCCAGUUUUUGACAAAUCGUCAUAUGUUAUAAAUCUUCCUGAAAAUUCACCUGUUGGCACUCUGCUCAUUGACAUGAACGCCACUGACUUGGAUGAGGGCACCAAUGCCAAAAUAGUGUACUCCUUCAGCAGUCACGUGUCUCCUAAAAUAAUGGAGACUUUCAAAAUUAACUCCGACAGCGGUCACCUGACCCUCAUCAGGCGCGUGGACUAUGAAACCACAAAUUCCUAUGACAUUGACGUGCAAGCGCAGGACAUGGGGCCGAACUCGAUGCCUGCUCACUGUAAGAUCCUGGUCAAAGUGGUAGAUGUGAACGACAACAAACCAGACAUUAGCAUCACCCUCAUGUCCUCUCAGGGGAAUGGUGAUGCAGCUUACAUAUCUGAGGCUUCUUCUUUGGACACGUUCGUAGCUCUGGUCAGAGUGGAGGACUUGGACUCUGGGUUGAAUGGAGAGGUAGAGUGCAAACUUCAUGGUCAGGGCUAUUUCAAGCUGCAAAGGACUUAUGAGAACAAUUAUAUGAUUUUGACCAAUGUGUCUCUGGACAGAGAGAAAAGGUCAGAGUUCAGUUUGACAGUGGUGGCGGAGGACCAGGGGACUCCCAGUCUCUCGACCAUUAAACAUUUCACUGUGCAUGUGACUGAUGAGAAUGACAAUGCACCACGUUUUGAGAAAGGGCGAUAUGAGAUCUUUAAAUCCGAGAACAAUGCUCCUGGAGCAUAUCUGUCCUCUAUCAUUGCCACUGACCCUGACCUGGACACCAAUGGACAGGUGAGCUACUCCAUCUUGGAAAACUCUGUUCAUGGGAGCUCCAUCUCCACCUACGUCACCAUCGAUCCCUCCAAUGGCGCCAUCUACGCACUACGCACAUUUGACCGUGAGGACGUCAGCCGUAUCUCCUUCGUUGUGCAAGCCAAAGAUGCUGGAAAGCCACCACUGAUGAGUAACACUACCGUCAUUCUGAACAUCUUGGAUGAGAACGACAACCCCCCAGUCAUUGUGGUUCCCCAGCUGUGGAACUUCACUGCUGAUGUGCCGGCAUUAAAGUUCACAGAGGCAGGGCAUCUGGUAACAGCGGUCAGGGCGACUGAUAGAGACACAGGUGUUAACGCUGAGCUCAUCUGCUCCAUCGUCAGUGGCAAUGAGCAGGGUUUCUUUCUCAUCAACCCAAGAACCUGUGAAAUCCUUGCCAACAUCAGCCUGGAGAACUUCCCCCAGGAGACCGCGGAGCUGACCAUCAUGGUCAGAGAUCAGGGAAGCGAGAGCCUCAGUGCUAAGGCAGUUCUGAAAAUCACCCUUUAUGAGAACAUGGAGAACCACGUCCAAGUCAUGGACCAGGGGGAGUCUUCACUCGAUGUAUCGCUGAUUAUCAUCAUCUCCCUGGGGGCUAUUUGUGCCUUGCUUCUGGUUAUCAUGGUGGUGUUUGCUGCCCGCUGCAACCGUGAGAAGAAAGACACCAGGAACUCCUACAACUGCAGAGUGGCCGAGUCAACCCACCAGCACCACCCAAAGAAGCCUUCGCGCCAAAUCCACAAAGGUGAUAUCACCCUGGUUCCCACGGUGAACGGGACCCUGCCAAUCAGAGCUCAUCACCGCUCGCCCUCGGCCACCCCCCCAAUGGAACGGGCACAGAUAGGCAGCAGGCAGAACCAUCAUAGCCGCCAAUCCCUGAACAGCCUGGUGACCAUCUCGUCCAAUCACAUCCCCGAGAGCUUUGCCCUGGAGCUGGCACACGCAACUCCACCAGUAGAGCAAGUCUCACAGCUUCUGUCCAUGCUUCAUCAGGGCCAGUACCAGCCCAGACCCAGUUUCCGUGGCAACAAAUACUCCCGCAGCUACAGGUAUGCAUUACAAGAUAUGGACAAGUUCAGCCUGAAGGACAGUGGCCGUGGGGACAGCGAGGCGGGGGACAGUGACUGUGACAUGGGGAGGGAAUCCCCCGUGGACAGAGUGCUGCUGGGGGAGGGCUUUUCUGACCUGAUACACCUUGAAAUGCAUCAUCGACUCCACCCAGCUAUGAGACUAUGCACGGAUGAAUGUCUUGUCCUGGGUCACUCAGACCAGUGCUGGAUGCCGCCCCUCUCCUCGCCCGCUUCCUCCUCUGACUACCGCAACAACAUGUACAUCCCGGGUGAGGAGUCCACCCAGCAGCCACAGCUCGAUGACGACCAGUCCUCGGUUGACUCGGAGAACCGCAAGAGCUUCUCUACUUUUGGUAAGGAACCUGGGAGCGAAGAGGGCGGGGCUGGUGGGGUCGUCGCCGGAGGAGGAAAUGACGCAUGUGCAGCUGGAGGAGGGGCUGGCUCCCUCCUCACAGAGAUGAACUCUGUGUUCCAGCGGCUCCUCCCCCCUAAUAUGGACUCGUACACAGAGUGCAAUGAAACGAGCCCACCCUCAUCCUCGUCAACCACUGAGAGGGGAAGCGGACGUUGCGGCAAUGUCGCCGGUAACCAUAGUAACAACGCUGUUCCUCAGGACAACCGUCGAGGGUUGUUGCCAGGUGGGAAAGGUCCUGCUUAUCCUCCGGGCGUGGCUGCGUGGGCGGCGAGUACCCACUAUCUAAACCCUGGUAGUGGAUCUGUAGGCAACAACCACAUUUCCAAUCCUCCCUCUGCUUCUUCUUCAUGUUCAACCUCCACUAACACCUCCACUGCUGGGCAGCCACCUCACCUGAAAUGGCUACCAGCCAUGGAGGAAAUCCCAGAGAAUUAUGAGGAAGAUGACUUUGACGGUGUCUUUCAUCAGGGCCACCAAAGUGGGAAGCGCAGCGAGAGCCGCCACGAGGCCGGCAUGGACGCUAGUGAGCUGGUGCACGAGAUCAACAAACUACUGCAGGACGUCAGACAGAACUAGAGAGGAACCGAUAAAGAAGCCACGGUUUUUGCUGUGUGAUGGAGGAACAUUUCAACACCUUCUGGCAAACGCCUGCUCUACUUGUCCACGUACAUAAUAUACAUAUGAACCAUAUGAUGACUGUUUCUUGUUCACUGUAAUGCUUGUCUCAUUUGUUUGACCAAAUAUCAACUUUGCUGCUCUGUGCUGAGAGACUUGCAGAGAGAAAUAAAACAUGGCACUGAAGUCGUGACCGAGGUGACCCAGUGGAGUCAAAGCGAGUGCUGCGGGAACAGAUCGUCCCGUCGCCAUCACGCUCCCGGAUUUCAAAUGGAAGUCCGCCUACAAAACUCUACCCUGUCUGUAUUUGUAAUGUUUACAGCAGCAUGAACAGACUCCAUGGGGAGGAAACCAACAACGGCCGUGUGAUCUAAUUUUUUGCAUUUACAAUGUACAGUACUGUACAGUGUCUGUGGAAAAAGACAAAACUCACUUGAAUAUUGUGCUAUGUCUCCUGUUUUGUUAUCAUGGAAUGUAACUGUACAAUUUGACCUUUGUAUUUUAAAAAUACACCUUUUUCUACUUCUAUAUAUUUAUAUGUGUCCAUGUAUGUUUGUACAGAAAAAGAAAAGAAGCGUCUAUUUUUUAUAUUUGUCACUGCAUGUCUUAAUAUCACCCAAUGUGUCUCCUCUCCUCUGCCCUGUUAUUUGAUAAAACAACUGUAUUUAAUUUUGUUAUUGAAUGUGUGUGUGUGCGUGUGUGCGUAUUAAUAAUAUCACAUUCCAAUGCAGUUCCAUGUUGGAAUUUGGUUUUGUAUGGUAACAUUGUGACCAGUGGAAUGGUAAAUAAAGUGAAGGGAUCCAUAA